AUGCCGGUCGCCAGACCGGAGCCGCUGGCCUCUCGCGUAAUCGCGCACGUAGACAUGGAUUGCUUCUACGUACAAGGUCUUUCUCCUAUGAUUAUUCUUCUCUCUCCUCUGUCUCUCUGUCUCUGUUUGUCUGUCUGUCUGUCUGUCUGUCUGCCUCUCUCUCUCUCUCUCUCUCUCUCUCUCUCUCUCUCUCUCUCUCUCUCUCUCUCUCACUGACUGGGUCUCUCACUGAGUGAACUACUCUUUGAUAAAAUCUGAAUGGAAAAGUUCUUUCUGAAACAUGCCUUUUGAUUUUAACGUGAAUUACAUGUUUGGCUACGCUAUAAUUUCCUUAUUUUCCUUUUCAUCUCUGCAUGUUUUGAGAAAAUUCACUAUCAGGACGAUUUUCUUUUUCUUAUUCUGCGAUGUUUGCCUCAACAUUGUGACAAAGUACUUGUUUCGCCGGAUUCUUUUGAAUAAUGGGGUUUGAAUAGUUGGGAUAUAAAUAAUGAGGGUUAAGGCCCUGUCGAUCAUAUGGAGGCUUUCCAUGUUCUCUAAAAUUCACGAAUAGAAUAACAUGUGAGAAAUCAUUUUAAUACUGAGGGUGACAUCUUAUUUCUGCAUCUAUGCUCAUCAAAUUUUGCUGAGAUUCCUAUAAAAAUAAUGAAACUAAUCAGCGUCACUCUCAUGAUUUGUUCACCUCCUUAACGUCUGUUAUUUCCCCUCCUAUUUGUUCUUUUUUUCAGACAUUUGGGGGUACAUGCUAUUGUCUCUUGCCUAAAAAUUACUUCCAUUGAUCUUCCAAGUCUGUAUUUGUUACCAUCUGGGGUAUGAGUUAGUUCAUUAAUCAUCCUCUAGAGCAUGAAGCUGAUCAAGUGACAGCAUAGGUGACAACAACAACAACAACAACAAUAGCACAAGAAUGUAGCAUCAUUUAUCGUUUUUGUUUUUUUAAAUAAGCCAAAAUGACAAAAUAUGUUAGAGAAUCUCUCGAUUGGAAACUAUUUAUGGCUGAGAAAGCCUCCAAUAGGCAACAUUUUUUUCUGGAACCAACGUUAUAGUCACUGUAUCACACUCAACGAAAUUAGGUGGGUGGACAAUAUUUGUUCCAAAUUAAAUUUUCUAACUUAAAAGUCUCUAAAUAAUAGGAAGACCAACUUAUUUAAAAAGAAAGCCUAGUUUGAUGUUGGAUGGGAUAGAAAACAAACUUAGAGAUAAUCUAUUACACAGAGAAAGGACAUUUGAACCUGAAAAAUUUGUUGGUUGUGUUGUCGCAAUGAUGCUGUUAAGGCACUUAGGUUAAUACCAUAUGCUUUCUCGUAAAUGACCGUAAGAACAAACAUAUGCAUUAUAUCUUUUAUUAUUAGAUCCUAUUUAGGAAUAUAUAGCUACUUUUUGCCUAUUUAAGAAGGCAUAUAUUAUAUAUAGAUGAAGAGUUUUUUUUGAGAGAGAAGUAUUCUUCGUUCCAUUUUAAAAGAUGAAAGGGGACCAAAAGAAAACAUGAAAACACAAACGUGUAUAAUGCUCUGCCCUCUGGAGAACCUCAAAGUCUCUUUAUAAACUAUACAUCAUGCAUAGGAGGAAAAGUGAAUUUGUAGAAAAGGAGGCAGCAUUGGAAUAUAGUUGGGUCUUAAAUAUAUGAUACAACUCUAUUCAAAUAGUCAAGACUAAAUAAAGAAACAAAAAUUGCAUAAUACGAAGAAAGAAAGCUUGUAUUAUACAAAGAAACAAAUAAUUCCUUGAUAUUAAGAAUGGUAAAUCUCCAUCCUACUCAUUUGUUCAAGGGGUAUGCCUGUUACUCCCAUCAAAUUGAAUCUGAGAGUCCAGCAACAAUUUGUGGAGUGAACUAAUGAUGAUUGGAUAUCAAGAUUUCGAUGAAAACAUCAUCAAAGUACUCCUUAUACAUUAAACAGCAACAAAAGGAGUGUUUUUAUGAAACAGUCGGUUUUCAGCAAUUCGAAUAUCACUUUUAUUGUUAGCAUGUAUAGAAGUCAGUGUCAUUAGAGGAAGCCCUAAUUCCAUAAACAAGCAUGUAACAACGUGAUCUUUAGCGUUAGUAGAGGAUUUAAAAACUCGAUCUUGCAUCUUACACUUCCAAGAAAUCAAAGACUUUCAUAUGAAAAUGCACCAACUAGUGAUUUACUUUCUUGUAUUAAGACACAGGCUCUAAUGUGCAUCAGGAUAAUCAACCAAGGAUAUAUAAAAUUCACUGCAAACGAUCCUGGACGAGAGGUGUCUUUAAGUAGCAGACAAUGCCAUGUACAACCACAAGAUGUGAAGGCUGAUGAUUAUUUAUGAAUUAGUUCAUUGUGUAGGCAGCAUAAGAUAAAUGAGGCUUCCAACUAGUUGAUGAUAAUAGGCUUGAUCAUUGAGAUGAGUACAUCUUCAGGUUUUAUCUUCAGAUUAAACUCCAUGGGUGUAUUGAACCUAGUACUAUUUUCCAAUUAGGAGAUCAAUUCUUGCAAGUAUUUGUGUUCAUUUCGGUAGAUACCUACAAGGGAUCUAUGUGUGUCAGCGGCCAAUAUAAUUGAAUAGUCCAUGAUCUUUCCUCUGAAACGAACACAUACAAUAUAGAGUAUGUGUUGAUGAUAUACUGAUUAAUGGGAUGAUUUUACUAAUAUAGAGUAUGUUCAAUUAGAAGAGGAAAACCACGAAAUGGCCAUUCCUAAAGGGGGAUGGAUUGUGCUAUGUUGAUAUCGAGCCUGUAGAAUAGUGGUCUUGAACUUAGUGAACUGGACCUGAAGUGCUUGUUUUGGUCAUUUUAAGACUGCUUCAACUUGCAGAUAAAGUAGGAUGCAUGGAAUGACAAGCCUUGUGCUGGCCAUUACCUCUUCCUCCUCUAAGUAGCCAUUUAGAAAAGCAUUUUUCACGUACAUUUGAAAAAUAGGCCAUGAUUGAGGACUAGGAAGGGCAACGGCGUCCUAAUUGUUGCUAAUCAACAUGAGCAAAUGCAUUAUGAUAGUUAGCAUCAUUGUCUUGUCUCUUUCCUGAUGCACCGAUCUAGCUAUGUAUCUUUCAAAUAAUCCAUCUAAUUUUAACUUAAUAGUACAUAGCUCUUUACAACUAAGAGGUGAAGAGACAAGAUCCCAAGUGUGAGUUCUACACAGAGCAUUUAUUUUCUCAUUCAUAGCCUGCUUUCAAGACCCUUUCUUCUCUUCCUUUGAUUCCGAGGUUGGAAUAGGAAUUUUAAAUAAUAUAGAUAAAUAUGAAGUAGGGGGUUACUUUUAUCUAUCGAGUCGAUGAGAAUGAUGAAUUAACUUUAGGAAAAUAAGUGAGUCAAGCUCAAGUGUGAUUUAUACAUGGGACAGCAAUCAGUUGGGGAGCAGCAUCAUGUUUAAUGCGUUCGAUUGAAGUAGAAAAUUUCAUUUGAUAAUCUGCAAUGCUUGGAUAUUUCACUGCGCGUCUAUAGAACACUCUAAGGCUGAAUUUGUGACAGUCUUCUGUUAUAUGUUGUCUCAUUAAUGUACUGUAGAUGAGGAAUUGCUAGGCCAUAGAGAUUGAAGAUUAGAGCAAAAGAAGUGGGCAUCAUAAAAAAUAGCAUUUUAUGAAAUGUGUUUGCUUUCAGAAUCAUAACAUCUAAAUGUUUUUUGAUAGACUACAUAACUAAGAAAUACAUACCUUGUCCAUUGUGAGGAAAUUUUUUGGAAGUCAAUGGAAGGAAGAUGAGCAAAGAAAGUUCAACAACUGGAUGAAGUGUUUUAUAUUCCUUUUUUUUUUGGGAAGAGUUGAAAAUAUUGACUCUGAUUUUUCGACUUUAAAGGGAUUUGAUGAUUAAUUAGGAAUAUUAUAGUUCGACUGCCUCUUCCCAAAAUGUUGGAGGGAAACUUGCUUCAAAAAACAUGUGAGUUAUGUCAGUAAUAUGUCUAUGAUUUUUUCCAGAAAUCUUAUCUUGUUGCAGUGUGCAUGUACAUGAACGUCAGGAAAUAAUUUUCUUUACUUAAAACAAGGGCUGAAAUUAUUUGAAAGAUACUUUCAUCCUGAAUGAGAACAGAAGAUUUUAAUGUUUUUCUGAGAUCAAUUUUCAUUCAUAUGAAUUGGGGCACAAGAGAUAUACUCAAGUGAAGCAACAAUAAAUGUAGCAAAGUAUUUGUAACUUGAUGAUGACAAAAUAGGUGCCUAUCCUCACACAUAGAAUGAAUUAAUUCAAAUACAGAGUUGAAUUUGUAUGCACUCAAAAGAAACGAAAGACACUUGCUUGUUAUUUGACGAAAAUUGAAAUAAGAGAUUCUUUUUUUAGCUAUUAAGUAGUCUAAUUUUAAAUAAUAGAGAUGAUGUCUUCAAAUAUGGAUGACCUAAUCUACAAUGCUAUAGGAUCCAGUUAUUUGAAACAUCUUCAUGAGAAGCAGAGUGUGGAUAUGGUAUUGAAUUGAUUUUAUCCAAGGCAAAAGGCAGGCAUACUUACUCCCUUUGCCAAUCACUGUCCUGUGUUUGUGUUCCGAAUAGUAUAAUCAGGGGGAGAAAAUAUAAUUGUCAUCUACAAGUUGUCCAACAAAAGUAAGAUUUAUGGAUAAUUUAGGAACAAAAGUACACUGGAGUGUCUUCAGGAACUGAUGUCAGUUAUAUAUGUGAGAAGAAUGUUUUCCAACCGGCUAAACGGACAUUGGAGUUUCCAUAAUAAGGAACUAAAGAAGUGAAAUCUUUUUCGUAAGAGGACACGGUUUGAGGCUCUAUAGUCUAAAACUGAAGUCGUCGAUGAAGUUUUACUUCAUAACAGAUCGUCGGGUCUUGGGCUUGAAUAUUUUCUGCAUCAAUCGUAGGCAAUUUAGCAGUUGAGCUGUUGCUAACUGCUUGAUUGUUGAAGAAGAGGCAUUGGAUUAUGCAUGAUGGUGUGAAAUGCUCUAACUCUUUUUUGUGGAAGUUCAUGAUGACACUUGGUGAUGAUGUAGCCUGUUCUUCUAUGGUAACGAACAGUACUCUUUGGAAUAUGUGGCACCAUGUCCAUAUUCUAAUAAUAAAAGCACUGCAUAUUCUUACUAUCUUUUAUUGUUUGAUACUCCUUAGAAAUUAACGUCACAUCAUUGCUCUUUGUUUCUGUGAUCGUGCUCACUAUUCCUCGUGAUAUUAGGCAUUGUUCUGCUUGAAGUAUCUCAAAAGUUUCCUCUAGAUUAGGAACUUAUUUCAAUUUACCAAACUACUGAAGACAGUUUCAAACUCUGAUUAGAGUUUCUUAGAAAUUGAUCUCGGAUGUUUUAUUUUUUUAAUUUUUGCACCAUAUAUAAUGUAAACAAUGAAUCAUUUUCAUGCAAGAUUGAAUUAUACUCAAGCCAUAAGUUCAUGAAAACAUAAUUCUUACACGAUAUUCCUUAAUUCCAACAUUGUACUUUCCAGAGUCAUUAUCUUGAGAGUAUACGCUUCAAGAAAUUUCAUGCUUACUGCAUUGCUAGAACGUUCCAGUUUAAUCUUCCUGCAGUUCUACAAUGCGCUAAUCUGACUCGUUACUUUUGCAUUAGUUUUCUUUGAGGUUCUAAGUUCGUUCUUCUAAUUUUCUUUAGCUUUUUCCGUACUCCGAUCAACAUAUUCUCACAACUCUUGUCCCAUUAGAAAACAUAUCAAUGAGGAUUCCUACAGUAAAUAGUUUUUUGAAUUGAAACAAUUAGGGAUAAUAGUUGUUUUUUCUUGAGUCCCCAUGUGCAAGAGCGUACACUACAGAAGACAAGUGAAUAUGACUGCGUAAGAACUUACCCUCUUGGGAAGAUGCUUCUUCGAACAGAACAACUAUCGAGAUAUACAAGAUCAAAACUCUCCUCAACAAGAUUUGAAGUUGAGAGAAAUGAUAGACAGGGCUUUGAUGCCAUAACUAGAUGAGAGAUGAACAAGAGAAAAUGGGACAACAUGAAAUGGUCGCAGUACACUCAGCCCUGAAGAGAAUGUCGGAAUCUCUUUAUAAUGCCUUUACAUUUAUUCAUAAGAGAAAGUGACUCUGUAAGAAAGGAGACAACAACAAAAUAGUCUUUAUUAUAGGAUACAAGUCCAUCUAAAUAGAAAAGAACACAAGAAAUAAACAAUUAUUACAUAAUACAGAGAAAAAAAUCUUUAGUUAUUAUUGAGAAUAGUAAAUCUCCAUUUUAUCCUAUAUUUCAUGAUAUAUGUAUUAGAUUGAAGGGUUUUAUAACUUUUUUCGUGUGGAUUCAAGGUCUGUUUCUCCUCAGCUUCUACUACAUUACCUUAUAUAUUUUAGUUGGACAUUCGUGUAAGCAUUUUGUCCCUUAGUCUGUACGGUACUCUCAUCUAUUAGUCCCUUAGGUUGGUUUAUAGUAUUUGAUUUUAGAAAAAGGGCUAGAAAAUUCUUGCAUCACUGGAUGUCACCCCUUGUUCAUUCAAGUGUAGCCAUUCCCCUCUAUAAAUUCAGAAGAUGAUUUUUGGUGCUAGAACAGUCAGCAUGUCAUCUAGAGAGUAUUAUCGCUAUAUUUGUAUUUCUGCUUCUCUCUGUUAGUGGAUUGUCUCAUAUCCUGACAGAAGGAUGUGAUUAUUUGCUUAGCUGUCUGACAUUUUAUAUUUUUUUCAUUAAAACGUAUUAUUUUAGAGGAGAUUUGUUUUAUAGAGGUUAUUUGUCUUGCGUUGAAAUCUGUUGGUAGUGUAUUCAUGUCUUCUUUUACUUUAGUGGAGCAAAGGAAGCGACCAGAAUUGAAGGGUGUACCUACUGCUGUAGUACAGUACAAUUCCUGGAAGGGAGGGGCCUUAAUAGCAGUAAGUUAUGAAGCUCGCAAGUUUGGUGUCCAGCGGUAAUCAUUUUUUUUUUUGAAAUCUGGUUUUAAUUUUUAAAAUAUUCUAACCAAAAAUAUUCUAAAUUUUUGCAUAUGAUUUCAGCUCUAUGCGAGGAGAUGAGGCCAAAAAAGUUUGCCCUGACAUCCAGUUGGUCCAGGUGCCAGUUGCUCGUGGUAAAGCAGAUUUAAAUUUGUAUCGUGAUGCAGGGUCAGAGGUUUGUUUGAUAUCAUCGAUGUUCAUUGUAAUCUGGCAUUGUAAAAUACACAUGAAACUUUUCUUUUUCUGUUUUUCUUUAGACUGAACAUAAUCUGAUUUCAGUUUGCCUUCACAAGUGGCCGUUUGCAUUACUCGCAUUCAUGCAGGUUGUUUCUUUACUGGCAACGAAAGGCCGAUGUGAGCGUGCAUCAAUUGAUGAGGUUUAUCUUGACCUUACUGGUGCAGCUGAACAAAUGCUAUCAGCAACUCCUCCUGACACGUUAGAAGAAAUUGAUGAAGAAGCCUUGAAGUCACAUGUUUUGGGACUUCCUAAUGUAUGCAGAAAAUUUCUAACUUUGUGGUUCCUUUGCCUUUAUAUUUUUGUUUAUUGUGUCUAUGUAUAAAACUGGAAUAGGAACCAUGAUGCAUAACGGUUCCUGAAGGUAGUCUUGCCAUUUUAAACUACAUAGCAUGUUCCGAUUUUGAGUUAUCUUGAGUACUAAAGCAUAACAGAGCAAGUCUAGUGAGGUUUUUAUAGGAUGUUACUAGAAUAAGAUCAAAUAAAGUGGAAAAAGAAAGGAUGAUAGUAGGAAAAAACUAAAUUAGGUGAAGAAUACCGUAGCAGGAAAAUACCAAGGAGAAAGCAAAGAGAAAAAUAGGAUACCAAUUGAAGAACGAAAAUUCUCAGCCAAAAUAAAGGUCAUGCAAAGCAAUGAGAAUUUUAUUUCACCAUGAAAGAAGGCAGGGAAUAAGUACUUCUUGAUAUGGAAAAAGCCCUUUGCAUAAAUUUUGCGUGUAUUUUCUAAUCCUAACUGGUCUCUUCAACAUUUCUCCCAAUUUUGGCAUACAACGAAAACCAGCUAUGCAUCGUUUAUGGUCUCUAUUGUGUAUUUAUUGGACUUGGUUUGGAUCUACAAAGCAGCCAUUCCGACUUGGACGGCAACAUUUCUCACACUGGAGCUUAGAGAUAGGAGCCCAUGGAAUCAAAUGGAUUCUUUAUAAUCAGCGUCAAUGAUUUCUCUUCCAUAAUCUGUUGCCCAUAUCACCUGAAUGUGAUGAGAACACUAAUGAUGAACAAACACAAAGUGAAAUUAGCUAAGACCAAUCGGAAAUCCAAGACAAAUCCAAUUCCUUUUAGGAUCCAAUAUUUCCCCAAUGGACUGGUGUUAUUGGUGCUGCUUCUGCUCAACUUUGGCCCUAACAUGAUCUACAGAAUGGUAUGAUUGAGGAUUGGACGAUCAAUGGAUUAGUGAAAAUCCGGAACUCCAUGUGGAAAUUGCUGCAGUCUCCAAACAGGUGAUUUAUUCACGAGGGUGAAAAUUCAUCAGCAAUUUCUAGAGACUCGUGUACUUUUUGGUAUAAUACUGCACAAUCAAUAUGGUUUUUUAUUAACCCUAUUAGAUCUCUCCAUCUACUUUUUGUGAUCCAGAAUUUCGAUGAUUUUAUAACUAUUUUCUUAUGGUAGAAACUAUGCCAAAAGAGGAUAAUAUUUGGUCUGUGAUCAUUCGAGUAACAUUGUCAGCUUAUAUGGAGAGAAAAGCAAAAUGGAGUUCCCCCCCUCAAUGAUUUUCUAAUGGUGUUCAUCAUGUGUCCAACCGCUCCAAGUUUCAUUUAAAAUCUUUUAGAAAUAGCUCCUUCCUCAAGUGGUUAACCAUAUAUCACAUCCAUGGAAAUAUAUGCGUGGGUAUUAGACCUGAAUAAAUCUAAUGUACUAAAUAGUUCUGCUUUUGUUAUGCAUUCUCUUGUUUUUCCCGUUAAUGCUACAUCUGAUUAAGCAUAGAGCUACCAUGGCCUUUUACCUGAUUCUUCAUAUUUAUCUUCUAUCUUGUUUCAUGAGGCAAGGAAAUGCAUGAAUGUUUUUCUCUCUGUGGGAUUUUUUAUUUCUAUUUUUCUACUUAGUUAUUUUUUCUAUGCAUUAUACAUUCCGGUUGCUCUUUCAACAUCAUACGUCAUAAAUCUAUCGAUUCUGAGCAUAGUCACCAAGAUUGUCCAGUCUAGACUGAAUAGGUCAUUGUGGAACAAAAUUGCAAAAUUCUAAUGUCCAAAUCCGAUCUCAUUCAGUUGGAAACUGCAGAUACGACUUAUUGGUUCCAUUUGUUGUCCCUUGACUGAGUUUGUCCCAGUCUGGGACUAUUAAUCCACUAUCUUUGUGCAACUGGAGUGAGUAGAUAGAGGAGAAGAACAAGGAUGGGAAAGGACAGAUAAACAGUAGAUGCUGGCACCUCCAAGGGACACUGUGGUCUCACUAACUUUGCCUUUUUUCCCUCUUUCCUCCUCUCUUUGAAUUGUUUUUUCGUAUAUUUCUUACUUUAUCCAUAAGCUUACGAGAGUUUUCUGGAGCUAAUUGAUACCUGAUGUUGAUGUUCAUGUAUCUGUAUGCUUCUGCUGAGGCUUAACCGUGUACAAUAUCUAUUAGAGAAUAGUGGAAUGUCAACGACAAAACUGGGGCGCCUACUGCACGAUUUUCCUCAUUUUAGUGCUAGCUGAUAUUUGUUGCUUAUGCAUCUGAUGAUUUUCCAAACUGAAGUUCCAGAACGAGCUGCUGUUUAGUUAAUUUUUUCUCUGCAUGAAGGGAAUUUAAUUGUGUACUUUUCUGUUUCAGGAUCCUUGCAGUCAGGGAGAAUAUGUGAAGCAGUGGCUUUGUCGAAGUGAUGCUGAUCACCAAGAUAAAUUGCUUGCCUGUGGGGUUAUUAUUGUUGCACAGCUACGGAUGGAUGUAUUGAAGAAAACUUCGUUUACAUGUUCUGCUGGAAUUGCUCACAAUAAGGUAUCUCACUCACAAGCGUGAAAGGUGGUUCUAUAUGCAUUGACAAAUUUGUCUUAAAUGUGGAUGAUUACCUCUGUGAUGAUGUUGGUGGGAAAUGAUCAUGCUGAUAGUAGCGGGGGAGAUUUUCAUGCUGUGCCAUGGUGUUACAGUUUCAUUCAUUCAGAUUCCAAAUUUUACUGCACUGUCAAAAAAUUAGCAUUUCCCAGAAAAAACACCUUUCCUAUCUGAAAAUUAUCUCAUAGAUGGUACGUACUUUUUACAGAUGCUAGCAAAACUUGCCAGCGGGAUGCAUAAACCUGCGCAACAAACUGUGGUGCCAUCUUCAUCAGUUACAGAAUUGCUUGCUUCCUUGCCAAUAAACAAGAUGUAAAUCCAAUUUAGGAUGAUUUAGUUUUGAGUUUUAGAAUAGUUAAGGAAAGAACAUUUACUCUUGUGACGUCUUAAUCGUUUCAAAUAUUUACUCGUGUAAGAGCUGAGUUCCAUCUAACUUCAGAAAUGCCAUACACAUUGUGAAAACUUGUAAUGCUUCAUCAGGAAGCAGCUGGGUGGAAAGCUGGGAAGCUCUUUGCAAAGAGACCUUGGUGUGACUACUGUCGGAAAUUUAUUAGACUUUACUGAAGAAAAGCUGCAAGAGUACUAUGGGAGAAACACCGGGUAUUUAGCAAAAUUUCCUUUGUGUAUUCCUCUUUCUUAUUUGUCAAUGUCACGUAACGCACUUCAUUACAAUGCCAACUGGCACUAAAUCAUGAGCAAUUAUGUUGGAUUCGUCUUGAAGAUUAAUGGUAAUAGACCAUAUGCUUAAACGCGAGGACACAUCUGAUAUUAUUUGCCAAGUGUCUGUCACUUUCCACUUUUUUCUUUUUCAGUAUAAUCCUUUCAUCUGUGUUCGUUUAUUCAUUGGUUUUUUCAUUCUCUAUCAUCAGUCCACUUGUUUUAAGUACUUUUUGAAUUUUAAAAUGUGUAAAGCGUACUUAUUUUCUCAUUGACAGACAUUUAGCAAUGGAUUUCAAUGUAUGUAAAUAAAGGAGCCGGGGGAACCAAACUUAUGAAAGAAUAACCAAAUGUGAAAAGUAGCUGAACUUAGAAUAUAUACAGUGGCUCAUUUUUUCCUUCUAAUAGGGUAAUGAGGGCACCAUUUUUUCCUUCUGCUCAAAGGGGACUUGUAGCCUGAUUAAUGGAUCUCGCCUGAUGUCUUAACAAAUAUGGUCUCAAUAUGUUAUAAUCUAGGAUGUGGGUAUCAGCCCAUGCCGCUAUUCUCUUUCGCUAACAGUCUCACAUUGGUACAUGUCUUGGAUGAAUGUGUACUUAAGAGUUUGGUAACGUCAUGGUGAGAUUGGCAUGAGUGUCUGCAGGCUUUGGUGACAUUUUGUUUUAUUGGCGUGACAAAAGAAAUCCUCUUGAAGUCUUUUCCAUGGUUUUCCAGAGAAAAUCUUCAUGUACUUCAUUUGAACUUAGUUGUAAAUCUAUAUUAGCAUCUAGUGUUAAGACAUCCCAAAAUUAAUGUUGUUGAAGCGAAAACCUUUGAGUUGAUUCUAUAGUAGAGACAGAGGUAGAACCCGUUUAUUAUAGUUCUAUUCUUCUACUGAAUUUAGACUGCAAAAUUUCACCUACUUGUUCACCUUCCCUAUAUGUGUUGAUUAUUUUCUUGGAUGAAAUGCUUCUUUGUUACAUUAAUGUUGUCUUUCUUUGUCUGUUUCACCCGAUCGCAUCAUAUGAAGAAAUCACACAUCUGUUUCAUCUGUUUUGGGAAAGCAUCAUCUUUGGACGUACGAUUUAGUAUUAAGAAAAAAGUAGUCAGCUUCCCUUUUCUGGAUGACAUAUGCAUGCCUUGGGCGUCUCAAAAACUUUUCUUUUAAUGUUUAAUGAUGGUGAAUGUUUUAUUUCCCUUGCACGUACAUAGUAACGUACGAUAUUGCUUUCCACGUAUCAUGAUGACUGCCCAAGGUUGAGCAAAAACCUUCAACUUGUUUUUGGGAUCUAGGUUUUGAUUUUUUUAAUCGUGUUUGUCAUUGGGUGUUCCUUAGAGCUUUGUUAAAUAUCAUGAGAUGACCUAACCAUUUCUAUCCUAUUUCAUGGCAACUGGAUAACAUAUUUGAUUGCAAUAUUUAAUUUUGGUAGGCAUGCUUCAGUGACGAGAGAUGAACUGAUAUUUCAUAUUAACUUUGAUGCAGAAUGUGUUUGCUUUGAAAUAUAAGGAAGAUGGUUGUGAUGCCAUUGAGAUACAUGAUGAUCAUCACAAUUCUUGUGACCGUAAUUAUCCUUUAGGUUGACUUUUCAUGUUAAUUUUUUGCUUGCAGUACAUGGUUAUGGAAUAUAGCACGUGGUAUAAGUGGGGAUGAAGUUGAGGGUCGUCUGCUUCCAAAAAGUCAUGGUUGUGGCAAGACAUUCCCAGGCCAGCAGGCGUUAAGAACGCUCACCUCUGUAAGAUUUCUUCUUUAAAUUUUGAGAUUAGUUAGUAUUUGUCCUUUUCUUACUUUACAGGCUCUACGCAAUGCCUUAAACCUAUUACUUAUGUGUGCAAUUUAAACUGUUGAGUUUGACUUCUGCUUUAUAUACAGAAGUAGUCUUCUCUUGCACUCACUUAUACAGCAUUCAUCAUUUCUUACAGAGUUUUAUCUCCCUCUACAAAAAUUGUGAUCUUCCCUUUUUUCAUAUUGGGAUUAUCUUCCUCAUUACACCGACAGAGGAAAGGCCAAUAGGGUAAUUUUGUAAAAGCCAACUGUUUCCUUUACUUUUUCAUUGGUCUUUGCGUAUAUCCGCACUCUGUAAAGCUUUAGGUAUUCCUUCAUAUUCUUCCCUUUUUUUAGUGGAGAAAUAGCUCAGCACCAAGAAACACUAGAGAUAAUAUGACUAUCAUUAAUAAUCUCAUUCACCGUAGCGAAAGGAUCACAUUUUUCUGGUGAUUGAGCUUAAUUGUUCAGAUUGGAGAUACCCAGAGGUAUAUUUUAACCCAACUAUUUGAACCUAUCAAGGUGGAACUUCAAAGAAAAGCUAUGUAUUUUCCUGAACUCCCAAAUCCGGUCUAAUUGACGUCGAAGAACCUAUCUGCUGCCAAUAUAUGAAACAACGUUGUGACCCAAAAAAUCUAUAUCAUGGUAUAUCCCUGAAGGCGUGUUAUUUUCUUUAUUGGCUAAAAGAGUACUUAAUAUUGUUUAAAUCUUGUUCUUACAACGUUCAAAAAAGUAAAGACCAGUUGGUGGUCACUACAUAAUUGCGUUUUUUGAACUUGUGUGUGGGAGUUGUUCAUGGCUGUUUCUUGAUCAGAUUUUCUUCGAAUAUAAAAAAUUGAGGCAACAACUUUAAAAAAAAUUGCAUAACUUUGCCAGACUUUACAUCGUUUGUCAAUGUGCAACAACUUUGCUGAGGAUCUCUUUGCUUCUCAUCAACUUCUCCCUCAUAUUAUAAAUACAUUUAUUGUGGUAGACUCUGUAAUACGAUGAGCUAGCUGUUAAAUAACACUCAUAUUGAGUUCAUUAUCAAUUUUAAGUGAUAAUGUCAUUCACAAAGUAGUGUUUUGGAAACCAUAGGUGAAAUAGACCUUCAAAGACUUGGUUUCCCUAUAGAGAUAUGUUGAAUUUCCUUGAGUUCCUUCAUUUCUUGUAGAACAAUGGACCUUCUCAUGGAAGGGGAAAAUGGAACUAUUCACUCAUAUGAGGAAAAAUUCGUUCAAGAUCAGUUUACUGGAGACAGGGGUCUGUAAUUUAUAACAGACCCAUGGGAGAAGGUUCUAGACAGAGCCUUACAUCCCAAGACAUACAGGUGAUGUUCACGUGCUUCUUUAAGUGAAGCACGUGAUACACUCACCCCCAACUGCUAACGUAGUAUUUACGCAGUAUUUCAACUAGAUACGUAAAGAAAGAAGGGGUUUCAGAGAUACCAUCUAAUAAUGUUGCUAAUAUGGUUGAACAUUUGUGUGUUAAUCAUCCGUUUAGGUGCAACGUCUGAGCUAGAUAGUGUUCUGACCCAUUUGCUACUUGUAAUUUGUUGGGCUAGUUUGACUUUUACCUAUCAUUUUUCAUACAAAGCUUUCUUUAAACAAUUCGUCCCUUCAGAAGUCUUGGUUGAUUUAAAUGUACCGAGGAUCUAAGCUGGGAAAAAAAUAACGUGAGUCUAACGGAUUGGAAUGAGUUACAAUGAGUUGGUGAAUCUAGCUAAGCAUAUGUUUAGUCCAUCCUAACAGUUAAGUGUCCUGGUACAUAAUAUAAGACCCUUGUUCGUUUUAUCCUAGUUUAUAUUUUUGUGAUUGAACUCUUGUAGAGGUAGACUUUUAGAAGUUGCCAAACCUCCUAAUAUUAUGAUGAUGGUGAUAACUGUCAAUUGUAAGCUAUCAAUCAUUAUCCUGCGAAUCUAAUGGAACCUCCCUGGUGUGAUGCCGGGUGCAUCUUAAUAUACAAGAAGAGGAACUGGGGGAGUCACUUUAUGCUGAUUAGUUUAGCAAAGACUAUAAAAGUGGAAGAUAGGUGUAUGUUCCAAACCAUAAGUGCAGUACCACAAAUUGACAUGCAUAAUUUUUUUAUAUGUGACCAACAGCCCAUUCGUGAGCCCAGUAAAUAAACAGAAUGCAAAAAUCUUGAUGGGUUCGAUUUCUGGUGUUUUACCGCUUUCCAAAUAAACUAUAGAUUAUAAGCAUUAUUAUCUGGUUUGUUAUGAAAUAAUGUUCUCUGUGUCCAUUUACAGUUUUAAGUGUUUUUCGUUAAAUCUACCCUGUCGAUUAUCCAGGUCAAACCUUGGCUAAACGGACUAUGUGAAGAGCUGAGUGAAAGAAUUCAGUCUGACCUGGAGAAAAAUAAAAGGGUUGCUCAUACACUGAUCCUUCAUGCAGAAGGAUUCAAGGUCUUUCACAGCCUGUGGAUCCUGCUCAGACUCCCUUUUCAUUUUUGCUUCCAUCACUGGUAGUUAAAUGUUUUUCCAAUAUUGAUAAUAUCUUUGUCUCUUCUAGGUUUGUGAGGUCCCGACAAACAGAAAAUUUCCAUCAAAAUCAUGCCCAUUGCGAUAUGGGACUGCAAAAAUUCAGGAGGACGCCUGGAAACUUUUUGAAUCUGGGCUUCGUGAAUUUUUGGAUUUGCAAAGUAAUGAAUGGGGAAUAACCUCUCUUACGGUUUCAGCCAGUAAAAUAUUACCUGUACCCGCUGUAAGUUUAUUAAUUUGA